AUGUUGGAGAACAUCCAGGACUUGCUGAGGCAGCCCUAUGGUUGUGGAGAGCAGAACAUGUUGAACUUUGCUCCCAGCGUCUUCAUGACCAGGUACUUCCUGGAUACCGGCACAGAAAAGCCUGAGUUGAUCCAGCGCGCCAUUGGCUACAUUGAGACAGGCUACCAGACAGAACUCACAUACAUGCACAAGACGGGAGGUUUCAGCGCUUUUGGGGAGCAGGAUAAAAUUGCUAGUACCUGGCUUUCGGCAUUUGUUCUGAACUGUAUCGCCCAGGCUUCCAGUUUAAACGAAGAAUUUAACAACAUUCUCCAAAUCAACGUGACCGACGUAAUGAGUGUUACUCUCAGAUUCUUGAUCUCAAAACAAAAUCCAAAUGGAUCUUUCACUGAAGAUGGCAAAGUUUUCCACAAAGAGAUGCAGGGAGGGUCGGCAGAAGGAGAAGCACUUACCGCGUACACACUCAUUUCUUUGAUCGAAGCGGCCAAAACAGUCAAGGGUAAUACCACGUUUGCUGCAGAGGUAUGUUACAUCAUACAAAAGAGCAUCUCUCAGGCAGCAGAAUACCUGGCUGGACGGAUCGAUGCCCUGAAGGACCCAUUCGACUUGUGCAUUACUUCAUACGCCUUGCAUCUUCUGGGCCACCCAUUGAAGGAUUCUAUUUUUUCCAAGGUGGAAGCGCUUGCCCAAAAUGGAGAUAGUUUGAAAUUCUGGAAACGUUCAAGUUCUCUGCAAGACGCUUACGCCGGUUAUGCCUGGUCUGCAUCUGCGGACAGUAUAGCCAUUGAGAUGACGUCAUAUUGUCUCCUAGUGUACAGCAUCCGAGGCAUUGAAGUCACUCAGGGAUUACCUAUUAUCCGUUGGUUGACCAACCAGAGAGGCCCCAAUAGCGGUUUUGUUUCCACUCAGGUACAAAUAUUUUUUUUUUCAAUUCUAAAUUUAAACACAGGCUAUGAUGAAGUUGCACAAGCCUGGAAACUUCUCUGUGACGUGACUGUUAGCUACGUAGAUGGCGAGGGGCAGUCGCAGUCAUCCCUUGUUCACAUCAACAAAGGCUCCGAGAUGCUUCUUCAGAAAGUUUACAUUGACUGCAAAAAAAAAGCGCCAACCUCCCUGUUUCUGACUGCAAACACCGAUGACGGACAGCCAGGACCCAGCACAAUACUUCUUGUUGUUAGUCUGGACUUUAAUGUGAAAGAGGAGCCCCUUGCCCUGUGUUACAACACGUCACAUACCGUGACCAAAACCGCUGACUCCCUGACACUGACUAUCAACGUUGCAGCUGUGACCAACAAUGUAACCAGCAUGAGUAUCCUAGCAGUUCAAAUCCCAGCAGGUUACACCAUUCUUGUGGAAGAGGUGGGUCAGAAUGACAAUGUCAGCCGAGUGGACCCUUUCAAUGGAGAUACUGUGUUUAUUUACUAUGACAGUGGAGUGAUUAACACCAAGGGACUCACGGCAACUAUCAAGAUGUACAAAACAAACGAUGCUCUCACUGACGCCAAGCCGAGAUCCUAUACAAUCAGCGAUUACUAUCAGACAAAUUGUAAACAAACUAAAACUUACACAUGGAGCCGUGACCACAUCUGUGUUACUGUUCCUGACAAUGGCAUCUGUCGUUACGUAACAGUGUGA